AUGGCGCUCUCCGCGCUGCAGCGGGACCCGGCGGGCGGCGGCCGCUUCGCCUCCGCCGUGCCCGAGCCCUGCCGCCGCCUCCCCUGCGCGCUCGGCGUGGACGAGGCGGGCCGGGGGCCGGUGCUCGGGCCGAUGGUUUACGCGAUCUGCUACUGCCCCGUCGACAAACUGGAGCAACUGGAGGCGCUGGGGGUGGCAGACUCGAAGACGCUGUCAGAGGCGGAGCGGGAGCGGCGUUUCGGGCUCCUGGAGGCCGCGGGGGAUUGGGUGGGGUGGGCGCUGCAGGUGCUGCCCCCCGACCACAUCUCGGCCUGCAUGCAGCAGCGAGCCAAGUACAACCUGAACGAGCUGUCCCACGACACGGCCACUGAGCUCAUCCAGUUCGCGCUCGACUCGGGGGUGCAGGUGGCCCAGGUGCUGGUGGACACGGUGGGGCCGGCAGAGAAGUACGAGGCGAAGCUGCGGCAGCGCUUCCCGGGGCUGGCGGUCACCGUGCGCCCCAAGGCCGACGCGCUGUUCCCCGUGGUCAGCGCCGCCAGCAUCUGUGCCAAGGACUCCAUGGGGUCCCCGCGUGCUCACGGCGGGGUCACCGUGGGUCACUGUGGGGACCCGCGGGUCACCGUGGGGUCCCCCGCCGGCUACUUCGGCGAGCUGCAGGAGAACAUGGAGCGCCUGCUGCGCGACGUGAGCGGGGCUAAUCGGGGCUAA